AUGGUGCUCCCCUACGCCCGCAACAGCGGCGGCGCCGGCGGCUGGCUGGCCCCGGAGGAGCCCCGCGGCCGCAGCAACUCCAUCCCCCCGGCGCAGACCCCCACGGCCAAGCACAUGCUGGCCUACCUGCCCCGGCCACCCACCGACACCAGCCGCUACGGCACCUUCCCGCAGAAGCCCGAUCUCCCGGCCGCCCCCGAGGCUCUGGUGGAGGACGGCGGGCAGAAAGCCGCCGCCGCCACUGCCAGGAGAGGCGCCCCGAUGCCAAACUACCCAUCUGCGCCCCGUCACAGCGGCUUUGUCCCCGGUGAGCCGUCCCUGCCGCCGAGCCGCGGCAGCCUGAGCACGCAGCAGCACCGCGGCCGGCCGUCCUGGUGCCCAGCGCCUGCCCCACAGGAGGCAGGUGCCCGCUUGUACCCGCUGCACGCGCUGAGCGUGGCCAACGUCCCCAACUCCUCCCGCGGCAAGACCUCCGCCCGCAGCUCCACCGUCCCCACCCCGGAGGGGCUGCAGGGCCGGCGCUGCAAGCUGCUGGAGGAGGACAGCCCCGUGGCCCAGGCCGGCAAGCGGCAGCGGCAGCGCUACGUGACAAAAGUGGGCAAGUGCCAGGUGAAUCUGGGCAACAUCCAGGACAAGAAGAGGUUCCUCUCAGACAUCUUCACCACCAUCGUAGACCUCAAGUACCGCUGGUUCCUCUUCGUCUUUAUGAUGUGCUACAUCGUCACCUGGGUGGUCUUUGGCUUCAUCUACUUCUUGGACGCCUGGGUGCGGGGUGACGUUGGGCACCAGGGCGAUCCCGAGUGGCAGGCGUGCAUCGAGAACGUGGACGGCUUCGUCUCCGCCUUGCUCCUCUCGGUGGAAAGCCAGCGGACCAUCGGCUACGGCACUCGGAUGGUGACGGCCAACUGCGCCGAGGGCGUCAUCCUGCUGAUGGCACAGUCCAUCGUGGGCUCCAUGAUCGACGCCAUGAUGGUUGGCUGCAUGUUCGUUAAGAUCUCCCGGCCCAAGAAGCGCGCCCAGACCCUCAUCUUCAGCAAGAACUGCGUCAUCUCCCUCCGGGACGAGAAGCUCUGCCUGAUGUUUCGUGUGGGGGACCUGCGGGAAAGCCACAUGGUGGAUGCCAAGAUCCGGGCAAAGCUGAUCAAGUCCCGUCAGACGGCCGAGGGGGAGUUCAUCCCCCUGGAGCAGUCGGAACUGAACCUGGGCUAUGACACAGGGGAGGACCGUCUGUUCCUGGUGGAGCCCCAGAUCAUCUGCCACGUCAUCAACCGUCACAGCCCUUUCUGGGACAUGUCUGCCGAGUCACUGCGCCGGGAGCAGUUUGAAAUCAUCAUCAUCCUCGAGGGCAUCGUGGAAGCCACAGGAAUGACGUGCCAAGCCCGCACCUCCUACACGGAGGACGAGAUCCUCUGGGGAUACCGCUUUGAGCCCUGCAUGUCCCUGGAGAAAGGCGCCUUCCAGGUGGACUACAGCCGCUUUGAGAUGACCUUCGAGGUGCAGACGCCGGCGGCCAGCGCCAGGGAGCUGCACGAGCUGAAGGAGCUGGAGCAGCAGGAGCACUCCACGCUCAGCCUCUACUGGGACCACCUCGUGCAGCCCUGCGCGCUGCCGGGGCCCGGCGAGGACGCGCCGCUGGGGAUGAGCGGCCCCGGCAGCGCGGCUGAGGGCGGCCGGGACGAGCCGCCGGAGCGGGAAUUCCCUGCCUGAGCGGCUCCCGGGCCGUGGGUGCCCCACGCCAACAGUGCCAUAGCCCACCCUCCUCUGUGGGGCUGAGCCCCUGGGCCCUCACCCCCUGUUCCCCCAGGGCAGCCACAGGGCGUUCUUUUUGUUGUUCUUUUGUAAGAAGGAAUACCAAGCGUAACUAGUGGGCGAGUAAAGGCUGUUCGUGACAAAACCA